CGGUGACUGACAGUAGUGAGCGCUUGUGUACCAAUCUAGGGCAUCAGCGUACACAGUGGGCUCCUGCAGUCCCGCAGCGGAACAGUUCCCAGUUUUCAUAUUGUCCACGCCUUGACAGGUGAAACGCAGAUGAAUUUGCUAUCAAGCAUAUGUCAAACCCCGCCAUCACUGCUUCGUACGUAACAAUAUACGUGUACGGGAAUCAGCUUGCUUUGACGGCAUUACCGCUAUUACCCCUAUAAUUGUCUAUAAUUGACCGACUGAGGGCUCAAACGCUGCGAAAUCACCCUCCGUACAAUCAACCGCUCAUUGACUUUUCCCUGCAGAAUGUCGGACGAGAAAUAUUCUGAGGAAGCGCCGCCACCCUACGAGCAUUCAUCAUCAUCUCCGCCCGAAGUUAUCUCUUCCACCGAUAAGGGGACUUCGACACUUGGAGUCAAGGGGAAAUUUCUCGAUUUCCAGUCCUCCCUCGCUACACUCAGACAGACAAUUCUCAAGAAUUCUCAAGAUGCAACACUCCAACCCGGGUUCUCUGCUAUCCAUGAUGCCUGCGUCGCCCUUUGCGGAGAGCUUGAUACUCAUGCACGCCAGAUACUCCAGAUUGUCUCGAAUUCGAACCUCCACCAUGGAACGAGUGCAUCUACAAUGCUCGACGAAAUUGUUUCAUUGGUGAAUCGGACCCAAGAAGAUCUGAAUCGCUCUCUGAAGGACUACCAAGCGUGCGAUGCCCUUAUAGAGUUCGAAUCCUCAGGAAAACGUUGGUUGACAUCUUGUCAGUCAACUUUCGACCUUUCGGCGGGCACACAAUCCGCAGGUCCUAGCUCAUCAUCGAAAGGCAAGAACCGCGUGUCCUUUCGGUUCCUCUCCAGCCUUUUCCCCCGGCGACGGACCAACCCUCCUGCAGAGGUCGAUGAUUGGAACGAUUACCUGGCCGAAAGUCUGCUCAAAGAAACAAAUGAAUUCCUUGAGAAGGGGAAUUACGCAUUAGCGGUUGAAUGCGCUCGAUCCGCUUCGGAAGCUGUGCAAGCUCGCCAAUCCGCCACCCCUUCAACGAAUAGGACCAUCACCUACUUAAGGGCUCGCCAGCUCGAAUGUUAUGCUCUUUAUCACCUCGGGAUCUACAGUAAGGCGCACGAGAUCGGUUCGGGGGUGUUGGAGAGUGAAUGGACCAAGAACGAGCAACAUUCUGAGUCUUUACGAUGCCAGAUGAUCCUCCUUCACAUCACCACCUCACUUUCUGCGGCGAAGCUUCCGCGCUCGUUUGAAGCCGUUUUACACGCUCGCUUAGCCCUCACCCUCUGCGACAACGUGCGGCGGGAGGAGAGCGGGCGACUUGGUCUCACAUCUCGGGGUUUCUUUACCCUAUGUUUGGCACACCUGGAGGGGGGGUUGAAAGUGGAUGGCUUCGUCACAUCACCGUAUGGUGUGGUGACGAAUGAAGGCCCGGUGCUGACUUAUGCACACCUUGAAAACGCGAACUCCCCCCCAAGUCCUAAGGAACUUGUGUUUUCUUUACACGUGCAAUCCCGAUACAAAUGGCAUUCAGGGAUGCUUGACGAGGCAUUCGAACAAUCCAAAAAACUCAUGACUUUGAUCUCCGAUGAUCAAUUCAAGGACCCUGUCGCCUUGAAUGGCGUUCACAUCUCCUUACCUGACCUACUACUCGAUCACUCGCGCAUGUGUGCGGAAUUAUCACAUUGGGAUGAUGCCAUCCGCUACAUAGACAAAUCGAUCGACCAUUUAAUCUGGUUGCAUGAGCAGAAUCGUGAUUCAUACUUCUUCCUCCAACAACUUGGCAAUGCGCAUGUUCGGAAAGCUAGCUAUCGACGAAAGGCACAUAUCGGCCCUUCUGACAUGGAGGAGACCUUGAAGAUAGCUCAGCUUGGCGUUGAGACCUUAGAGAAAUCGUUGGAGCUCACAUACAGACUUCGGAGCGGAUACGUAGCAACUCUGGCCUACCUUGUUCUUGCCAAGAUGGAAGUGUCGAGAGUUGCAAGGUGUGCUAAGAUGUAUGGCGUUUCCUACGACAGUUUGAUGGGGACGUCGGGGAUGAUAAGCGAGAUCGUCAAGCUGAAUGGGGCAUUCGGCCAGCAGCCACGCUUCCCCUCAAUUUCCUCCAUUCUUCCUAAUUCCAGAGCAUUACUUGCCGAAAUUUAUCGUGAUGCUUCGGAGGAUGCCGCCUGUCAAAAGCAAUGGGAGUUGAGCAUCGAAGCGUCGCGUCUCUCUUGUGCUCAGUAUAAAUCUUUGGCUUAUUCGGCGACACCUACGAAAUUCCUUAGGGCAGGAGACGAGGAUGUGUAUCUUGAUGCCAGCCGUGUUUUUGCCCAGCGCCUAUAUGCAGGAGGAUCAAAGUGGCUUCGCAAGGCUUCCGCAGUCGCCAUGGACGCCCUCAAGCAUGAGAGACUGUCACGACGACGGAAAUGGGCCCAAGGCGGAGAAUGGAAUCUUGCUCUCGUCCUAUCGGAUUGCAUUGUCUACCUCGCUGCCAGUGGCCGAUGGGCUACGGCAGUAGAACUCUCCGAUGAGUUACUGUCGUUCGAAACCCCAAUACCAUCGGAGUAUUGUAGGCGCCUCCAUGCAGAUUUCCUUCCUAGUCUCAUGCAAGUUGUUCGUUGUCUCCAAGAUUACCACGACUCCAGGGCGGUCCGGCUCGGUGAGAUUUGCGCCGAUUGGGCCAGAGUUUGCUCAGAGGAUGAAGCCGACGCGCGGUCCGAGUCGUAUCACCACCAGAGUUUGCAUGCUAGGGCACUCAGAGCUCAUGCAUUGUGCUUCUCUCAUUUUUCCAAGUGGGAUGAGUGUGUCCGCACAGAACAAGCAUCUUUCGACCUAUGUGAACAGAUGGAGAAGGAAGGUGUCGCCGUAUAUGAUACACAGUAUCUUCAAGAGCUGCGCCAACUUUCCGAAGCUUUGUGCGCGGCAAGGCGCCCUAGUGAUGCGGUGAUGCUUGCUGAACGAGGCAUCCAAGUGGCGCACGGUUUGCUCAAGCGGAGCUCUGGCCAGCAGCAGGCCCGUGUGGAACUUGCUCUGUGCUACUCGACUCUGGCUGACUCCUCCAUCCAUCUAAGAGAUUAUCGAAAAGCGAUUCUGGCGGAAGAGAUGUCCCUGGAAGUGCUGCAAGGAGCUGGGGCCGAGCAGCUCAACUUACCCAUACUUGCAGAUAUCACCGAUUCUAAGAACAUUACGCUAAUCUCUGCACCAGAAGCGCAAGCGAUGACCAGGGGGACUUUUGCCACGCUUUGUGCCGACCUUGCGAAGCUUCAGGAUGUUCAAUCGGGACACACAGAAACGCGUUCAAAGUAUGGAUCGAUGGUAGCAUUUUUGCUCCAAGCAUGCACCGAUGUCUCAUAUCCUCCCGGCUCUCUCGAAUAUUGCCGCAUCCGCGCCGCGCAGUCGCCCAAAGAACACGGAUUGGACUACCAGAAAAAGCUUGAAUCCAGUGUGAAAGCUUUCAGUGACGUACGAGGUUACGAGAAAGCCCGGAUGUUAUGUGAGGAGUGGGUAGCUUUCACCCGGUCACAAUUUCACGAAUCCGACCUUGGAUCCUUGUUGGCUCUCGCUCGUGCGCUGUACUGCUACCAGCGUAUACUUGGAAAGCUUGAACAAUACUCUCAAGCGAUCUCAAUCAACCACGAGGCCUGUGAGCACUUCAUUAGUAUCCACAAGCUAUACCCAGAGGAAACAUACAAGAUUUUGGAUUGUCACCGCAACGAUGCGUGGUAUAACCAUCAGUUGUCCCAGGAACUGCAAGCACACGACGCAAGCGUCAAGGCCCUAGAUCUCGCUCGCUCUUUAUUCAAAGCCCAUGACACGUGCCGGAAUCGCGAAGCUCUUGGGCGAUCACUAUGCGACACCGCUGGAUACUUGACCGUCCUGGACAGGCGAGAGGAGGCGACGACAGUGUACGAGGAGGCCGUGUCCGUGGUCCGGCCCAUCGACCGCUCACCUACCGCCUCCGAGGAACUCUUAAUCGUCAAGUGUAUGCUAGCGGCGUUGGAGAGCCUCUACCGGCAAGAAACAUUGGACAAAGCGCUCACAUUAGGCCAAGAAAUACUCGAGACGGGGCGAUCAUUGUACACGAAAGAUCCGGACGGCUGCAUUUCCGCCACAUUGACUUUCCUCGGGAUGUGUCAAGGUGACCCGGACAAACGAGGAGAGAGCAUAUCCUUUCUCGAGGAGGCGUUGGUGCUAUCGGGUGGCAUGGUAGACGAAUCUCAUCCCAUCCUCGAUUUCCUGCUCGGUUAUGGCCAUGCCAGUUUGGGGAUUAACCUGAUGGCGGCUGGUGAGCGUGAGCGGGGAAUGACACACUGUGAUGAAGUUCUACGGCUCAGCUAUCGUGGGCCGGGUUGCCCCGGAACCAAAUCUUGGAGGCGGACGGAGCUCGUUCUUGAAUGUUUAGAAAUGAUUGCGAAGUUUCUUGCAGACGAUUUAGAUCUCUUCUACGAGGCGUCGCGUUUUCAAAGUCGCGCCGAUGAGCUUAGGUCUGCAAGCGGGAGACGGAGGCUCGUCAUGACAUGGACUUUUUGGGAGGACUAGACUAUCAGCCCACCCGCACUUUACAUUCAGUGCAAUGGCGGACUAUUCUGGACGCUCAGCCCAAUGAUUUUGUAUUUAUAGCUUGUAACCCGUUUCCUUCUUUCCUUCCCAUGCGUGACUCAGUGGCGUCUGGGCCACCCAGAGCGCGGGUCUGGAUCACGGCGAGCAGACCCAAGGGCAAGCGGCAAACUGGUCACCUUGAUGGCUCCGAUUCCAGGUCAAGUUGCAUGAGCGCCAUACACACCUAGCUAUUCCGACACCGCCUCCCUGACAUGUCCGUGCGCGCUUUGUCCUUAGCACAGCCCCGUCAUAGUAAUAACAUCCCUG